AUGGUGCAAAUGUUGAUAAACACUUUAGGGACUUCUAGAUUUAGUGUUGCUUAUCUCGGCCAAGUGAGAGAGCCGCAUAUAGCUGUCGAGGCCGGGAAAUCAUGUCUUUGUUCUUCUCGUGGAAGAAUUUUUUCAUUUGGAGGGCUGUGUGAUGUUUCUCGACGUGGAAGGUUGAGGUCUCAAGCUGGUUGGCUGUUUAAAGGUAGUGAGGAAGGGUCGGAAUUGGACCCUAGCUGUGAGCACAGUGAGAGUGUCAACGAGGAUAUUCUGAUGUUUUUCUUUGAGCUGGAUUUGGCAACACGAGUACAGUAUGCUCUGAAUCUGGAGGAGUAUGACAUUGCUAAGCAACUGAGGAACAAGCUGAAUGAGGUUGAGAUUGAGGUUAUCAGACUCCGAGAGAGCAGAAGGGGAUCAACAUCUAAAAGUGAAGCUCAAGAUAUGGCUAUAAGCAUUUUACGGCUACGUGCAGAACUGCAGAACGCUAUCCAGAGUGAGAAUUACAGUUUGGCUGCCGAGAUACGGGAUCAAAUAUCAAAACUGGAAGCUAAGUCUCUAUCUGCUUCAGUAAAAGCUCAAGCAUAUGAAAAGGCACAAUAUGCUUUCCGUUUGGGCCAGCAAGUGAAACACAAGAUAUUUGGAUAUCGAGCCGUCAUUUGUGGCAUGGAUCCAGUAUGCUGCGAGUCAAAGUCGUGGAUUGAUGGUGCAAAUGUUGAAAAGUUGACUCGUGGUGCUGAUCAACCCUUUUAUCAGGUGUUGGUUGACAUGCAUGAAGACCCCGACCUUCUAGUAGCAUACGUUUCUGAAGAGAACUUGUUUGUUCCCGACCAACAAGACACGGAUAAGGAUAGGUUUGAUCACCCGUACACUUCCUUCUUGUUUUACGGUAUGGAUGGUGCUGGGGAUUACAUCCCUAUCAGGCAGCUUCGGGAGAAGUACAACCAGCCCCGGCAUGAGCUGCCGUACGACCCAAAAGAUGGAAAAGACGCGUAG